AUGGAGAGUCUUUUUAAUAAGAAUGGAUUACAAUCUAUUAAUCCAAAAUCAGUGUCAGAAAAUGACAUGGAUGAUAAGAAAUCAAUUAUAAGUCCACUAAACAGAAGUAGAUUACUAAUUUUAAAGGAUGAAUUGACUACAAAAAGAAUAGAUAAAAAUAAUGCUAGUAAGUUAAUAGAUAAAAAAGACGAGUUGUCUAAUAUUCGCAGUGUAGGAGAUCAAAAGAAAUUAAUGGUUACAAAAAUAAUGCCAAUAGAUGAAAAAGAUAGUAAAGUUAGCUUAAGUAAAUCAAAAAAUAUAGCAGUACCUAUAUUAAGUUCGUCAAGAGCUGUAAAUAAUAAAAAUAUGUCAGCUAGUACAAGAUCUGAGAUAAGUCCUGAGUCUUCAGAUAAUAUUAAAGAUAGACCUAAGGCUAUAGAAUCUAAAAAAUACUUUUCAAUAUUUAAGGGUACUUCAAAUUUAAAAGAUAAUUCUAAAGAUAUUAAUGAGGUCUUUGUAAAUCCAAAAGCUAAUUUAUAUGGUCAUGAGUCUGCGACUAACAAUACUGAUCCUAUAAUAAUAGAAGAUUUAGUUGAUGAAUUGGAAGAUAAGGCUAGAAAUUACUUUAUAUUAUUUACUAAAGAACGUAAAGCCAGGGAAAAGUUGGAACGACAGAGUUAUUGGUUGCAAGAAGAAAAUAAAACUUUGCAAGAUACAAUAAGGAAUCAAAUACAGUGUAUAGGUUCAUUACAAGAAAAGUUGGUUGAUUUACGUGGUGAUCCGAAUAGUUUAACAGAAACGAUUGAAAGGAUUGAUAUGCUAUAUACCCAAUUAGAUACUUUAAUACAAGCAUUUGCUGGAGUUUGUAGUUAUGUUACAUUCCAUGAACCAAUGGAUAGGAGUGAAAUUUUGGAAUUAAUUUUAGAAUAUUUACAUCCAUGUCGUGGAUUAGAUAUUCGAUUAAACUCUUUAUAUGGAUCAAUAUAUUAUUUUAAGUUGGGUAUAGUUAAGGAAUUACCACCACCAGUUGAACCUCCUCCAAAAAUUCCUGGUUAUGAUACAUGGGAACCACCAAAAAUUGAAAUUUCUAAGGAUAAUAAAGAUACUGAUAAUCUAUUAGCCUCAUCAAAUCAAGCUAAUGUACCAAAAAAAUUAGAUAAUGCCACAAUUGAAUCUAAUCCGACACCAAAAUCUCCUUUAUCACCUAUACCUAAUUUGGGUUUAAUAAAUAAAAAAUUAAAUUCAAAUAAUAUAGAAUUGACGGUAUAUAAUAGAGGAUCGGUUGACGCUAUUAUACCAAAAGACUCAUUACAUUUAAAGGGGGAUCCAGAGGUAAAAUUAAAAGGGUUUCAAAUAAAGAUAAAUUCAAUACAGAAUAUAGAUAAUUCAUAUGAAAAUAGUAGAUUAUAUAUUGUUAUAAGGAAUGAUAAUGAAUCUAGUAUUCAAGCAAAAGAUUAUAAAGGUAGAAAAUCGGAAUAUCUAAAUGUUAAGGAUAAAGGUGACGGUACAUUUACUAUUGAUUCUAAAAUAUCACUUGAUAUUGAUCAAUUACCACCAAAAAGUCCUGGAGUAUUACCAAAAUAUGUUAUUGAUUUAUGGGACGAGUCGGACAAUAGUAAACCAAUAGGUACUGCUACAAAAACAUUUAUUGAUCCAGUUACACUAGUUGAAAAUCAUGCAUGGGAAAUUUUAAAUACGAAAAAUAAAGUUGUAGGAGUUGCAUAUGUAUCUAUUAUUCCAAAGCCAGUAAAUUCUAUGCUCCCAGCAGGGCGUUAUAUAAUUGCAAAAGUUGCAAAAUCAAAAUCCAAAACAAAAUCAGAUCUAGAGGCUGAUAAUUCUGUUAAUGAGAAUUUAGAUAAUGGUGUCAAUAAUACUAAAAAUUUAGUUAAACCAGUGACGCCAAUAAAAAGUAAAUUAUCUAAAGAAAUAAAUUUAUUAAAAGAGAAAUCUUCAGUGAAGGAUGAUACACUUCAAACAGUAAAAUUACAUCAUAUAGUGAAGAAUGAUUUAAAUAAAACACGAACUAAUUUACCAUCUCAAGAUGAAAUAAAGCCUAUUCAUGAAAUUCCUGCUAAUAAUAUACCUAAUAAGGCUGUCUUAAAUGAGACAAGCAAUGAAUUAUCUCCAAAAGUAAAAGAUAUUAAAAGUCCUCCAACUCCACCUAAAAAGGUCUCAUCGCUAUUGAUAAAAAAUAAAAGUAUAGAAGUAAAUAACUCGUCAUUGCCUUUAGAAGAUGUAAAAGAACCACCUAUUGAGAGUAUUAAAAAAUCAGAGUCCAUUACAUUAAAGGAAAGUAUAAAUAAAAAAGAUUCAGUAGUUAAGAUAGAAAAGUCAAUACCUAAAGAUUUAACUUCUAUAUCAAAAGAGUUACCCAAAUCAAAGAGCUCAUUAGCAGUAUCGGAGACAAAUACUUCAGAAUCACAUACAAGUGUCAAUUCAGAAUCAGUUUCUACAAAGUAUACGGAGCCAAUAAAGUCAGAACCAUCAAUGAAAUCUAAAGCAUUAACAGAAUCAAAAUCUAUAAAGCAAUUAAAAUCUUUAUCAACGAAGAAAAGUAUUGAUAUGAACAAAUCUGAAAGUUUAAAAGGAUCUGUUUUAGGUUCACAAAAAAUAUUACCUAAAGAAUCAAUUAAAGAGGUACAAACAGCUAUUAAACAGGAACCUCAGCAACCCAAAUUCUUGCCAGUGUCACCACCACCUUUAAUAAAGAAAGCAUUAAUAGAUGGAAAGACUCCUUUAUUAAUAAAGCCUAAAGUACCGGCGCACUUGAUUGUAAAAAAGAAGCAAGAAUUAAUUACAAUUAAACCUAAAGGAUCAGUGCUUCUACCGCAUCCAAAUGAUACAAAUCAGCCAAGUAAAAUUCAUUAUGAAAAAACGAUACCUAUUAAAGUACCUACUAAUAUAAAACCAAAAAUAUUACCAAAAAUAAAGAUAACCCCAAAACCAUUACCAAAAUAA